AUGGCUCGUAUUCGUGGUGGGAAGCUCAAGCUCCAAUGGAUCGCGGACCGGGCGAAGCGCAACAGUGCGAUGAAGAAGCGCCUGCCAAAUCUGGUGAAGAAGGCUGAGGAGCUGGCUGUUCUGUGCGACGUCCCCGUUUGCCUCCUCGUGUACCUCCCGGGCGAGGAGGAGCCGGUGGUGUGGCCGUCGCAGGAGGCGGCCGCAGACGUGGUAGCACGCUACAAGUCUGUGGCGGAGUCACGUCGGCUGAAGCGUAAGCUGGACGGCGAAGACAUGGUCCGAAAGAUGGUGAACAAGGCCAAGGCGGAGCUCUACAACGUCCACCGGGAGAGAUGCGAGAAGGAGAUCAACCUCCUUCUUGUGGACUUCAUCGCCGGCCGCCGUGGGAGCUUCGCCGACCUACCGCCGAACAUUUCCGCCGCCUGUAAAUGGCAGGUGGAGAGGAAACUCCAGGCCGUCACUGCGCGCCUCCAGGAGAUCCGUGGUGCCAGGGGUGGUGCCAUCCUGCCUCCUCUUCCUGCGCAGCUGCAACUCGUUCCAUUUCAACCGGCGCCGGUUGAAGCAACUCCUCUGAUGAUGGCGCCACCUUCUCCUCCGUACCUGCCAACUCCUCUUUUGCAGAACCAUGUCCAAGAUUCCGAGGCGCCGCUGUCGGAAGAUGUGCUGAUAGUUGAACCUCUUGCCAUGGUGCCGCAGCGCUGGCAAAUUCCUCCUGCUCAGGCCGUCGUCCCUGUAGCGCCGCUUCGUGAGGAGGGCGUGUCGAUGAUGCUGAAUCCAUCGGCAUAUGAUGCUUCUGCUGCUCCCAUGACCCUGGACAGCGAGCCACGCCAUGGAAGCUUCCUCUUCGAGGUGCUCGACGCAUGCGACGUCGCCGGCGACGGCAGCGGCCUCCCUACAAACGAGGAGUUGCACGCCGUCUUCCUCAAGGCUGGCAUAUUCACCCCACCGCAGCCCAACCCAUCAUUCGACGAUCCCAUGUAG